CUAGAAGACGGCCGGCAUGCCGGCAGCGUGACGCUGAGCCAGGAAAAGCGAGGGAAUACGAGGAUCCAAGACCGCAUCCACGAAUCCAGUUUGCAGCCCCGGGAGAGCUGAUCACCUGCAAGCUUUUGCUCUCCGUGUUCCAUGCAACGGAGAAGCCGGCGGCAAUGCCAUGGCCGCUUCCAAACCAUCGCCGGUUUAUCAUCUCGAUGCCACCGUCUGGUAUACGAAGGUUGUCGUACAGCAGUCCAGUGGCGAACCUCAUGUGCGGCUGCGCGGUGUUGGCUCCGAAUCCGGUGCAGUUGUGGAAGACGUUGGGGCCGGCGAUGCUGUCUCCAGUAAUGAAGCUGACGGUGGAGAGCUAUGUCGAACGGUUUCGGCCCCUUUGUUGCGUUCGCGGUGCGGUGCAGGACCAAGUUCUGGGCCGUGACUCUCGUCCCAGCGAUGGCGAUCGAGGUAUGGAGCAACUCUCUAGGGUAUUUCAGGAUUGUGCCGCUGAAGUCGUGGAGCUCCAGGGCGACUCGGGCGAUGCGGGGGGCUGUGGAUAUCUUCUCGACGCUUGCGCCGUGAGCUUCGUCCAGGUAGUUCAUGUCCAUUCGAAACGGAAGAGGGAUAUCCAGCUGGAUGGAAGAGUCGAGUGUGGAGACCGUCUUUAUGAUCCGCUCGGCUUUGUAGCCGUAUCCCGGCCGCCAGUAGUCGCUCAUGUUCAUCAUCUGGAUCCACUGGGGGCUCCAAGUCCAGGUAAUACUCACUUGGUCUCCCUCGGAGAAGCCUGCUACUGAGCUUAGCCGGAGAGUUUUGCUCCCGGAAGGAACUGUCUCGACAACAGGUGACCGUGUGCUGUUUACUGUCGUCGCAGGAUUUCCAUGGAUCCGGAACAAAAC